CGGCCGGAGCCGGCAGCUUUUGCUCCGCUCCGGGGAGACAGAGCCGCGAAUCCCGAUCAGACCAGCGGGGGCACCGGGCCUUGAACCCCCCGCCGCGAUCCCCAUCCUUCGAGCCUGUGACACCCUCCAUCCCACUAUUCUCAGGCUUGUGGCCCCUAGGACUCCAGACCUGUGACAUCCUCUAUCCACCGGGCCUGAGACCCCGCUACCACCGGUGACUGCUAGCCAUGCCCUCUGUGUUGCAUUAGGAGUUGCUGUACAGAGGUUAGAAAGCCCAGCAUGCGUUUGGGUUAGACUCCGGCUUUGAGCUAUGAGUGAGUGGGCUGACAAGAAGCCAGGACUGAGGCUGGAGGCUGCGAUCCAGAAACUACAGGACACGGUCCUGAGCCCAGAAGCCAGCAAGGAGGACAAGACACUGACUGUGCGAGGAGAGGGGGACCGAGCCAUGCCCACCCCAGUUCCAGCCAGGAUUCGGCAGAUCAUCACUGAGAGCCUGGCAGAAGAGUCAUCCCAAGCUGUGUGGGAAACAAUGUCUCCACUCAAUAUGCAAGAAGAAAACCGUAUGCUGCAGAAGGAGCUCUCACGCCUUGAGGACCUGCUGGCACACACCCGGGCAGAGAAGGAUGAGCUAGCGAGCAAGCACCAUGCCAUCAGUGAGAGGCUGGAUAAGGCACUGUGGGUGGAAGCAGCCCAGCAGGAGGGGGAUGGCAACCUGGUGCUCAUGGAACUGAGGCAGCGGUUCGAAAAUGUCGAGAAGGCGUACGAGUGCAAGCUGCAGGCCUAUCAGGAGGGGCAGCAGCGCCAGGCUCAGCUGGUCCAGAGGCUCCAGAACAAGGUGCUACAGUACAAGAAAAGAUGUGGGGAACUGGAGAAACAGCUGCUAGAGAAAACGUCUGAAUUUGAGCACCAGAAACAGAUGCUGCAGACUCGUCUGGAGUCCACAGAAUCCCACCUGUGCUGCUCAGAGCAUGACCACAGCACAGAACUGGAGAACACUCUUACCCGCCUGGAGGAGGAGCAGCAGAGGAGCACCAGCCUUUCCCAGAUGAACAUGCUGCUGCGGGAACAGCUGGACCAGAUGAAAUGCUCCAAUCAGAGACUGGCGAGGGAGCUGGAGAGGGCAACAUCAGACCUGCACAGGCUGAGAGGCGAGCUAGAGCAGAGAGCAUCCAAGUGGGGCAAAGGCAGGGAGAGCUCUGGCUCGUACUUAAGCAAUGAGCACAGCGGGAUCCUGCUGCUAUGGCGCCAAGCUGCCACGCUGCGCAGUAACUUGGCGGAGCUGCGUGCCACAGCAGAGCGAGGCCUGGCUGAGGCCCAGACAGACAUGGCAAGGACUGCACGCCGCCUUCAGACUGCCUGCCUGAACUUGGACUCGAACCUGCGUCUGUCCGAGAGUGGUGCAGCCUGCUUGCUGGAGAAGCAGGCUCUGCAGGGGGCACGCUUGGAGCAGCAGCUUCAGGAGAAGGUCCGGGACAUGAUUCAGCUCCAGAGCCGCUGGGAUGGAGAGAAAGUAGAGCUGAACUCCAGGAUAACAGAACUGACCGCUUUAGGACAGAAACUUAAAGAACAGAAUGCAAAGAAAGAGAAGACCAUCUCUGCUCUAAAACUGGACGUUCAGAAACUGGAAGUCACUAAAACUGGAGAGCUACUGGAAGUGCAGGACCUGAAAGAUGAAAGUGAAUCUUUGCAGAGAAUCGUGAACAGCAUCACACAGCUGGCUCUGGCCGAUGCUGAGAGUGCAGGGCCCCUCUCACUGGACAGCACGAGGGCGACAGGUGCAGAAGACCCUGGCAGACAAAUCUCCCCUUUGCGCUCUAGUUCUUCACAUCACCGGUGGGUGUCACCGUCCCGUGCUCACUCCCCAUUGUGCCAGGAUGCCGUGCUGCAAGCCGUACAGGGCGCCCUCCGGAGGCGACAGCAGCAUGAGCAGGAAUUGCAAUUUCAGCUGGAGUCUGCCCAGGACAUGCUGGGGGUGGUCAGGAAGCAGCUGUCUGAUUGCCAGCAGGAGGUGCAGGUGGCAGAGCAGCAGCUGCAGGAGCAGAGGCCGGAGCGUGAGGAGCUGGCCAGAGCCCUGCAGGAUUGCAGGCAGGAUUUGCAACGCUGUAAAUCCUCAGUGGAGAUUCUCAGCAGGGAGAAGGAGACCACAGAGGCUGCAGUGAGAAGUCUGAGCGAGCAGGUGGACUCCUCCCAUCUGGAGGUGGAAAGGCUGAGGAGACUCACCACGGAGCUGCAGAGGCAGCAAAGCCUCCUGGGGGAGCAGAAGGAGGAGCUGGCAAAGGAGCGGGAGAGAAUGAGGAAAGAGCUGGAGCAAAGGCAGAGGUCCCUGGAACAGUUAGAAGAGAAGACCUCAGCCUUGAAGAAGGAGCUGGUGGUAGUAAAGGAGUCCUUGAACCAAGCCAUUCUGGAGAAGGACGUGCUGGAGAAUGAGAAGGAAGGUGUAAGCUGUGCUCUGUCUAAAGCCAAGGCCAACAGUGCUGAGCUAGAACUAGCCAUAAACAAGCUGAGAUCGGAAGACUCCAAGCUGAGAGACUCUCUGGCCAAGAUGGGGGCUCUGACUGAAGGUCUUGCCCAGGACAAGGUCAACCUCAACCGCCUUCUCCUGCAGCUGGAGGAGGAGAAGAGCUCGCUGCUGGAGCAGAGGCAGGAACUGGAGCAGGAGCGAGCUGGCUUGCGAGAGCAAUUGGUGCACCUGGAGCAAAAGGUGGCAUGGACAAGCACAGCCAACCGGGAGCUAGAGAAGAGCUGCCAGAUGGCAGAGGAGAGGCGAGAGGCACUGGGGGAAGAGAUGAGGUUGCUGCUCAGGGAAAAAGCUCAGCUGCGGGAUCACCUGAUGCAGGUGAGCAGCCAGAAGCACACUCUGAGUGAGCAGCUGGCGCACAGCCACCAGGAGCUGGAGAUUCAGGCCGAUGCCCUGCUCCGCACCACCCAGGAGAAGGAGGAGCUUGCUAAGGAGAAGGCGUGGCUGGCUGUGGAGUUCAAUGCACUGGAGAGACAGAGGAAGGGCCUGCUGGAAGAGAUGGACACGCUCAGAGCUGAGAAGAACUCACUGGAGAUCAGCCUUUUUGAGAUUCAGGAGCUAGCAGCACAGCUGGAAGUCCAGAAGGAACAGCUGGAAGGGGAGAAUCAGAGCCUUGACCAGACAAGGCAGGUGCUUCAAGUGGAGGUGGAGAAGGCCCAGCAGGAGCUGGAGCUGCAGGACACCACCCGGAGGCGGGAUAUAGAGUCACUGAAGCAGCAGCUUGUGCAGAUGGAACAAGAAACUCAGCUGUCUCUGAAGAACCAGAAGAAGGCCCAGGAGGAAGACCUGGCACGGCUGAAACAGGAGAAGGAGAGCUUAUAUCUGGCACUGAGGGAGGAGAAGGAAGAGGCUGUGCACCGGCUGCAGCAGGAGAAGGAGGAGCUGCUGUCCAAAUGUGAGGCUGAGAAAGAGGAGCUGGCUGAGGAAGUACUGAGUUUGCAGCAGGAGCGGGAUGAAAGCCUUCUCCUGUUGGAGAAUGACAAGCAGAAGGCGCUGUCCCUGAAGGAAACAGAGAAGAAUCUGCUGUCAGAGAAGCUCAGUGAGGCCCAGCGGGAGCUUAUGAAUGCCAGGAUGGAUAUCGACCGGGUGAAGCUGGAGGCUCUGAACCGCCAGGAGCAGGAUAAGAACACAGUCACCAGUAUCACCGGACAGCUGCACACCUUCCAGGCUCAGUUUGAAGACGCGGUGGCUGCCCAUCAGAGAGAGGCCAAGAGCUUGAAUGAGCUCAUAAAGGAGCUGGCAAGAGAGAGGGACUCUGCAGGGAGGGAGGCAGAACAGUUAAGGACGCAGCUGCAGCUUGCAGAGAAUGCCCGCGAUGGGGCGCAUAAGGAUCUGAUCGAGUUGCACCGCAGGUUGCAGGAUGGUGAGGAGGCCCAAGAGCUCCAGUGCAAGGAGAGGUUGGAAACCCGCAGGGCUUUGGGGGACGAGACCAGGGAGAAGGAAAUAAUGCAGAAAUCCAAUACUGAGCUGCGGGCUGCCAUCAAGAAGACGGAGAGCGAAAGGAUCAGCUUGAAGAGAGGCCUAGAGGAGAAGGAGCAGAAAAUCACCAUGCUGGAGGAAGCCAAGGCUGCAGCUCAGAAAGAGGCAGGAGAGCUGAGGGCAAGCCUGCGGGAGGUGGAGAGGUCUCGGAUGGAGGCCCGACGGGAGCUGCAGGAACUGCGCAGACAGGUGAAGAUGCUGGGGGGCGAGAACAGCAAGAAGGGCAAAGAGGUGAGCGAGUUGCAGGCCUGUCUCCUGCAGCAGGAGCAGCGCGAGCAGCAGUGCCACAGGCAGUCCCUGGAGCUGAAGCAGAGGAUCGCGGAGAUGGAGGGCGGCCAGAAAUGUGUUCGCAAAGAGGUACUGAGCCUGCAGAGGAAGCUGGUGGAGGUGGAGUGGGAAGCCAGAGCCAGAGAAAAGGGGCUGGUCGACAGCCUGGGCGAGAGUCACAGCAAGGAGAAGAAGCUCCAGGAUGAGCUCCACAACAUGGAGCUGAAGCUGCAGCAGGCCAGCGGGGCCAGCAAAGGCCUCCAGCUGUGCCUCAGCACCACCGAGGGGCACCUCCACGGCCUAGAGACAGAGCUGGCCAAGACGGAGGCUGCCAAGAGGGAGGUGGAGUCGAAGCUGGGGGUGCUGCACUCUGUUGUGCGCCGGACACUAGGGCUGGGCAGGCAGAGCCCCUCACCGCAGAGACCCUGCUCCCCUAGCAAAGGAACUGAUGGGCAACGGACUCCAGCCUCCUGCACUGGCUCUCCAGAGAGGAGCCGUUUCCGCUCCCCCUUUGGUUGGGCUUCCCCUCUCCAAGGGGAGCACAGUGCCAGCGAGCCUGACCUGGAUGGAGUCCAAGAAGCCUUGAGAGACUUCCUGCAGGAGCUGCGAGACACUCAGAGAGAGAGGGAUGAUUUAAGGACCCAGGUGAUGAACCUGAACCGUCAGCUGAAUGAAAUGGCGAGUGACUGGGACCAGACCAGCAAUCGCAUCCUGCAGCUGCAGAAGUUGCUGGCAGACUCUGAGGAAGGCAAGCGAGGCAUGGACGGGCGCCUGAGCAGUGCGCAGAUGGCCCUGGCACUUCAGGAAGAGACCAUUCGGAGAGUGGAGAGGGAGCACCAUGACUUGGCAGAGCAGAUCGCUACCCUGGAGUGCAGCAUGCAUGCCAGGCAGGAGAAGAACAGGGAGCUGCAGGAGAAGGUCACUAGGCUGAAAGCCAAGGAUAUCAAGCUGGAGACGGACAAGCGGAGGCUGAAGGAAGUCCUGGAGGCAGCCGAGAAUAGGGCCACCAAGCUGGAGCUGAGCCGUUGCUCCAUGGAAGGGGAACUUCAGCGUGUCCAGCUCAGCCUGGUGGACCGAGAUACCAAGAUCCAGGCCCUGCAGGAGCAGGUCCAGGCCCUGCGCUGCCAGUUGGGGGACAGUGAGAGCAAAUCAGCCAAGCUGCAGCUGGAGCUGGGCCACUUGGGUCACUCCCUGGCCCAGAAAGAGGAUGAGGAGAGCCACCUGAAGGACAAGGUAUGGAGCCUUUCCCAGGCACUGACUGAUGCCUCCAUGGGGUCCUCCACCCUUCAGGAGAACGUCUGCCAGCUGCAGAAGGCUCUGACAGCAGCGGAGCAAGACCGCCGGGUGCUCCAGGAGCGCUUGGACUCUGUGCGGCAGGCACUGUCAGACAGCAAGAGGCAGAACCACAGCCUGACAGACACCAUGCGCAUGCUGCAGGACCAGCUGGGAGAGCUGGAGCUGAGGUGCAGGGAACUGGAGGCUCAGGUCAAGCACCUGCAGGAGAUAGUCCGACGUCAGCAGCAGAGUGAGCAGGAGGCUAUAGCAUCGCUGCAGAACAUGCAGGAUGAGAACAACAUUCUCCAGGAGAGACUGCUGACACUGCAGAGAGCUGUAGCCCACCUAGAAGGGGAGAACAAGGAGCUGGAGCAAUCGGUCUUUGAGCUGAAGCAGGACAAUUCUGCCCUGAAGAAGACCCUCAGCAAGGCAGAAUGGGAGACGAUCAGGAAAGAAAACAAUGCCAUGCAGCUCAGUGCAGAGAAGAAGCAGCUGGACCUGUCACUGAGCAGUCUGCACCAGGAGGUGGAGGACACCCUGAGGCAGAACGAGCAGCUGCAGUCCCAGAUCACAGAGAUAGAGCGGGCACAUGCCCAGUGCCUGAUGGAACUGACGUCACGGCACCAGUUGGAGCUGGAGACGGAGAGGCUGCACAGCACCCAGCUCCAGGCUGAACGGUCCCUGGAGUCCCGGGAGAGAGCCCACAAGCAGUGUGUCAAGGACUUAGAGGAUCAGGAACGGUGCCAUUUGGGCCUCGUCCAGUACUGUCAGGGGCCUCCUGUCUAGCUGGUGAAGUGACAGACCCUCCCAAUCUCGGCAGCAUCCUCUCAUGCUAGAUGGGGUGUGCCACCAUCAGACAGAUCUGUGCAGCUUGAGGAAUCAGCCCUUGAGUGCACAGAACCUGCAGGGGACUGUAUCCACUGACAUUAAUCAAAAACGUAGUGCAUGCUAACGAGACGCAGUGAGAGAGCACAUCGCCACCAUGCCUGGAGACUGGUCAAGACCUUCAUCCUUUCAGGAAACACAGGACUUUUUCAACGGUGGCAGGUGGCUGGGAUUAGCUCAAAGCCAAGUCAUCUUGUGACUCACUGGCCCUGAGAGGCGUCAAAGUGUAAAAUUCAGCAUUCCACCCACUCUGCCAGCCACAGGCUCCAAGCAAAUCCCUGAAGGAAUCAAACUGUGGUUUCCAUGGCAACAGAGGCAAUCAUCUUGGGACCUCUUUGGCCUUCACCUGUUAGCAUUUUACACAUUUUCCCAUGAAUGGCUGUUGCGGGGGGGGGGAAUUUGUCCCAACGUCGUAGUUUGUUUAAGCACUGAUUUUAAGUUCUGAGAAUAGAGGGUGUUUGCUAAGGAAAUCAACAGUGGCAUUUUCAAGGCUUUGGAUGGAUCUUCCUGGAUUUCAUCUUUUAACAACAUUUGAUAAGCGAUAUCUGAUUCUGUUCCUUCCCAUGAUACAGGUAAAUCUUCCUCACCCCACGCUGCCUGGCUCAAUGCAACAUACAGGCAUGUAGAGCAAUUCUCCUCUCACGCUGGCCUAACUCAAGUGACUUCUGUGGUGUCACUCCAGCCUUACACCGGUGUCAGUGAAAGUGGGACCAGACCUACACAGGACCCAGUGCUGUCAGCUGCUGAUCACCCUUGAGGGUGACCCCACAGCAGGCAGGAGGUCGUCAGGUCCUCAUAGGAUUGGGCUCUCAGACACACUGAGCCAGAUCCUCAGCCAGCGUAAAUUAAUGUGGCAUCAUUGAUUUCACUGGAGUGAGAUUGUUUCAUGCUAGCUAAGGAGUUGGCCCAUUGACUUCAAUGGAGCUACACUGAUUUACACCAGUUGGGAUCUCACCCAUUGAUUUCAAUGGAUCUAUGCUGAUUUACACCAGUGUGGGAUGUGGUCUGUUGCUCUCCACAGAGCUAAGCUGAUUUACACCAGGUGGAGAUCUGGCCCAUUGACUUCAAUGGAGCUACACCGAUUUACACCAGCCAAGGCUCUGGCCCACUGGGGCUGAUUCUCUUCUCACCCUUCUGUAAAUCAGGAGUGGCUCCCUGCAGCCAAUACAGUGCCCCUGGGGUGAGUGAGCGGAUAUCUCACUCUGUAGCUGGCGUUUCUGCCCCCUCUCUAAUGGGUUGUUUCUGUGGAGUUGGAUGUGGUAGCAGGAAAGACCAUGCAGGAACAAACCACCAUCUCCAUCAGGAGGGUGGGAAUCAUCACACCCACAUUCCAGUGCCAGUGCAUUUCAGGACUGGACCCUCUGGAUUGGGAAGAGUGCGUGGGCGUGGAUCUGGGCAGCCCAGAGAAUACCCUCACGUUGAUGGCACAGCUGGGUCCCACUGAGGGAAAUGUGCCAUGUUGGUAUUCACAUAAUCCCUUUGCUGUUGAUUCUAACUGAGUCCUGCUGUUGUUUUCGGCUCCAUUUCAGUCCUUACAUAACAUGUUCCUUGGCCUGUGUUCAGUAUUAAAAUGUACCUUGCAAUCAUUGCAGU